AUGGGGUUCUCAAAAGAGCUUGUCAAUGUAUUCAUCUUCUUCGGCGCUGAAGAAUCUGAUGAAGCAGAUGCUUUCCUCUUCUUCACUGCUGCUCGCUCCGCAGCCUUGGUUUUCUUCGCGUCUAAGGAAGAUGGAAGAAUGGGACUUGGCAUUCGUGUAGGAGGAGCAGAGGAAAUUGGUUCAUUUUCCUCAGGCACAGCUGGUGCAGUUGGCCUGACAGGUUCAGAUUCUUCAGGCAUAGCGGCAGAUGCUUCAACUGGCCUGGCUUGUUCCUCAGGCGCAACAAUAGUGGUUGCCCUAGCAAUUUCAUCAGUGGCUGGAAUAGUUUCAUCAGCCCUGCCACCUAACAUUGAAGCUUACAUUCUGCCAAGACUAGAGAUGCGCUAUGAAACUUUUGAAGAAGCAAAGAACUUCUACAACGUCUAUGCGAAGCACGCGGGUUUUGCUGUGAUGGAAGGCCCCAAGUUUAAGACCAGAGCCUACAUUUAUUGCACGCUACAGCUCACUCCGGAAAUGCUUGUCUUCUUGCACUCCCACAAAAACUUUGACAAAACAAUCUUGGAGUACGUCAAGUACCUGCAGUUCAAAGGCAUUGAACACGCACAAAUCAUGAGCAUACUGGGCGGUGAUGACCCUGGUAGCUACUUCCUUGAAAUGAAUGCCAAAGACCUGAUUAACCUGAAAGCAAAGAAUUCAAGGAUGGAUGAUGUGGACGAUGUCCUAAAGACUGUCAACUUCUUUAGGGAGAUGAAAGCUAUAAACAGGGAAUUCUUCUGUGAUAUGCAACUCGAUGAGUCCGACAGAGUUAAGAACAUAUUCUGGGCGAAUGCAAGCUGCCGAGGGGCCUAUCAGGACUUUGGUGACUGCACUACAUUCUUUGGUUUCGCCCUGAUAAGAGAUGAGGAUGCAGAUUCAUUCAGAUGGCUGUUCAAGACAUUUUUAAGGUGCAUGAGAGGGAAGGCUCCUAAAUGCAUCCUCAUAGACCAGUGCCCGACAAUGGCUUUGGCGAUCCCAGAUGCUUUUGGGAACAUAGUACACAAGCUGUGCCGCUCGCACAUUAUGAAGAAGUACAAGGAACACCUCGCAUACCUGUACUACCUGCACGAAGACUUUAAGGAUGAAUUCACAUCAAUCCUCAACUGGCCCCUCAUGCCAACUGAGUUUGAGGAUGCCUGGAAAGGACUCAUGGAUAGGUACAACCUCCAUGAUGAUGCCACGAUGGUGGCCAUGUGGAAGGAGCGUGAGAAAUGGAUAUCAGCCUACUUCAAAGAAAUUUUCUGCGCCAAAAUGUCAUCCACACAGCAAAGUGAGAGCAUGAACUAUGUGCUCAAGAAGAACUUUGUAAGUGAAAGACAAAACCUACACCGGUUUGUCAGCCAGAAGGAACAAAACACGCUAACCUUCUAUGGGUUUGACACCCAGAUGGCAAAGGUUUACUCACGAGCUGUGUACAGCGAGAUCAGAAAAAGGCUAAAACUGAGCACACUCUUCACGGCGACAGAGACGGAAGAGCCCACAAAGUACCUCGUGCGCUACAACAACCCGCAAAAACUGUCUGCGUGGUCUCAGCACGCGUUCCAGGUGGUUGCAGACCCCGUGGGAGAAACAUAUGAGUGCGAGUGCAGGCUAUGGGACCACACAGGGAGGACUACAAAAAAAGAUACAAUUAAGGCUGCCAGCGUUCCAGAGAAAUACAUCCUCAGGAGAUACACCAAAUGCCCGAACAUCCAGCCAACAUUUGAUAGAAAUGACUUGAGGAUAAUAGCAUCAAACAAGACAUCCCAAUACUGCAUUGAAAGCUCACUACUGACGCUGAACUUGAGGGUGCACAGAAAAAGUUUGAGAAGCCAAGAGGAAAUGGCGAGGUCAUGA